UAUGUAAAUCUGCAUUUAACAGUUUUUAUGAUUUUUUUAAAAAAACUCAAAUACAUUUUUGGGGUUUAGAUCACUUUUAAGACAUUUUCAGUGUUGAAAAGGAAACAUUAACCACAAGCUGAAGUGUAAGCCCAUCGACAGUUAUUAACCAACUGUAAAUCAACUUAUUGUGUAUGUGAAAAACCGCUCAUUUUUAAGUGUCGCACACACAGCACCUCUUAAUGUGGUAUAUUGAGUGGGCAAGUGUCAGAGCAGUAGGCUGCUUUCUUGCUGUGCCUCUUGUACAGGUAUGGGACCUGUUAUUAUUUCUGUAUGAAAGUGGAAUACUGUAUUUCUGACAGAGUAGAUUAAACACAAUAACAUUAACAGAAAUAUAUAUAGAGAUCUACAUUGCAGCUAAAAGUUGAAAUCGGACACACAUCCAUCAAACAUCAGCCAUUAUGACAUCAUAAUGAAGGUUUCUUUACAGUGUGCUGCUUUUUUUUAAAGAGUGAAAUAUAUUUGGCAACGUACAUAAAACACACGUUUAUGUCAUUAAUAUGUAAGGUACAUGGAUCUAUGUACUGUAGAAACAAACUAGUUGAGGUUAAAAUGUUUAUUUUCUUAUUUUCCAACAACAAACUGCUAGAUAUGUUAAUAACACCUGUGUAAACAAAGGCGUGUCAGCCAUUAUGACAUCACAGUGGCUCAGCCAUUAUGACAAUGUUGUGGCUUUGUUGUUUUAACAUCACCAUGGCAACAUAAUGACAUCAUAAUGACUAUUUCUUAAGUGUACAGUUUCUCGCUGUCUCAUUCUGUUUGUUGUUUGUGUACGAGCAACAAGCAAAAUGAGUUUUCUGAAUUUUUUCAAGAAUCUUUUUAUUCUACUUUUAUUCUUUUUAAUAUUAAUUGAAAAUCCGCUUCCUGCACUUUCAUGCCUACAAUGCGACAAGGAGUCUAAUACCGUCAAAGACCAAUUUAUAGAGUUUAUUAAAAAGGGACACAAGAAUGUGGAAAUUGGAACCGCUGAAAUUUUUACGGCUUUCUACGAUGACUUUAUCGACAAUAUGGAUGAAAGGAGACUGGAUAAACUUGGAAUAACUGAACUGGCCAAGGAAUUCGGACAAAUCAUCAAAUCUAUAGAAGCUACUAUAUCUAAAGGAGGCAGACUUAUGGAGGUCAUAAAUACCAAGUUCCAAGAGCUAAAACUGAAAGCUGAAAUAAUUUUUGCAACAUUUGAAGAAGAACGUGCAUGCCCCAAUCUGAAAGAUGGCUUCAAUUGUGGAGUUGUUGAACAGAAAGUCACUCAAUGUGGCACAUGCACAGAGCGGAAUAUGGUGUGUGUUGGGGGCUCCAAUGAGAGCACAUGUGAUGAAAUGGUGGCCAAAUGCCCGAUGUGUGUGUGUCAUGGAGAAUCAUGUCAUCACAAAAGAACCGGGAAACCAUGCCACCCUUGCAAGGACUACGAGAAGUGCCUUAAUGAGGUUUUGCAUUGCAAAGAUCAGGAAAUCCAAAUUCUUGAAGGAGAAUAUUUGGUAUUUGACUGCAGCCUGAAGUUUCUCGAGAGCGUCGACGAAGAGAUUGAAUAUGUUUUAGAAAAGAGAAAUGAAAGUGGCGUUGUCCAUGAAAAGACUUCCAGAUUGUCCCACCUUCUGAUACCUAAAGCUGACAAUGAAUCUUCAGGCCAUUACGUUUGUACAGCAAGGUCCAAAGAAUCCACGUUUCCAAUUAGCAGAGUGGAGUUUAACGUAACAGUUUCACCUCCACCUCCACCUGAAGAUAACAUUACAAUUAACAAGUGGAUCAAGAUCACAGUGAUAAUUGGUUCUGUUAUCUCCUUCGUGAUAAUUGCAUCAAUAUACACUUGCAUAGGGUUAUUAACGUUAAAAAGGAAAAGAAACUUGGAUAUUCGUGCAGAGAAGAAGUUAAUGAAACAGAAGAAUAUCUCAAUGUAUACUCAGAAGAGUAAGCAAACAGAACUGGGAGAAGUGAAGAUCACAAUGGAUAUUGAGGAGUGUAAGCCAAAAGAACUGGAAGAAGUGAAGAUCACAAUUGAUAUUGAGGAGAGUAAGCCAACAGUGAAGAAGUAAAGAUCCCAAUGGAUAUUGAGGAGAGUAAGCCAGAAGAAGUGAAGAUCCCAAUGGAUAUUGAGGAGAGUAAGCCAAAAGAACUGGUAGAAGUGAAGAUCUCAAUAGAUUUUGAGCAAGAGAAGAGCAAGUCGGACUAUUAAAAAAUGGCGACACAAAUAGAUAUUCUUUUCAUCUAUGGCUGAACCUCAAGGACUUUCUGUUACAUGCACUUCUAUCAGUGCGUGUUAAAUGCCAUACCAUUUUUUAAAUGAACUUAUCCUGGACUGAAUAUUUAUACAGUGAUCCCUCUUUAUACCUCCUUAUUUUAACACCAGCUACAGUUAUAAGAGGCUGAAGUUACAUUUAAAGAACAUAUGGAAAGGAAGGUGUUAGAGGGAUGGUGGUGGGUUGGGGGUAUAAAGAGGGAUCAAAAACUGCUGCUAUAUAUUCAGAACUGUCUGUAUAUUAAAAUCUUGGCCUAUAUUAAAACAACUUUUGCAUUGUGAGUUCUAAAUGUGGUGAUUAGUGUCUUAAAUUGCACUUUACAUAUUACAUAUUGUACUUGGGUAAGUGAAUGACCCUCAGUAAGAUCCAUCCAUGUUGCUCCCACCUUAGUAACUGAUUUUGAUUGAUGUGAUUAAAAAGCAAGUAUAAUAAAAUAAAUUAUUAA